AUGCAUAAGACUGGGUAUGCCUAUGGCCUCGGCCUGAGUCUGGUGCUGCCGACAACGAACGCCAGUCCCGUCUUUGUGGAUAAUCCCAGCUUAGCACAGUUCCAAUCGGGCCGCAAUAUUCGACAUCUGCCCUGCAUCGUGCGGAAGUCCGGCCGCUCCGGAGUCUGCAUGUUCGCCAUCGACUGCAUCAAGCAGAACGGCACGCACCUGGGCACCUGCAUCGAUCGCUUCUACUUUGGCUCCUGCUGUGCGAUGAAGGAGGAGGCUUCCCUGUUCGCCCCGGAGCUCAACGACAACAGCAUCGACCAGAAUACCAUCUCGCACUUUGCCCAUGAGUCCACCACGCUGCCCACGAGCUCCCUCUUCAAGCUUACCACCGAAAGUGGCAUCAGCAGCAGCAGCAGCAGCGGGGGCACCACCCACAAGAACCACCAACAGUCGACGCAGCACACGAGCAACGAGCUGCUCAAGAACGUCACCCAAUCGUAUCUGAGCACCGCCAAGCCCGUGCGCACCACACUCUCGACCACCACCACGCGGCGCCCAGUGCAGGACCACACGACUCACAAGAACUCGCACUUUGUGGUACGGACAACGGCCAAGCCACCAGCAGGUCCACUGCCAUCCACCACGGCUAAGCCGCCGCGUCGGCGCACCACCAGCGCCAGGCCAGUGCUGACCACUGGCCCCGUGGCGGUUGAGCAGCGCAUUGAAACCACCACGGUCCCCAUCAAGUUUGUUACCUUCCAAAUUGUGGAGACGACAACGCCGCCGUCCACAGAGCCCGGCCACAGGGUGGAGACGACAACGACAACAACCAGGAGGCAUACAAGGCCCACCACGAGCAGCAGCAGUGGCAGCAGCAGCUCGGCAUCUUUCAAAACAACAACCACAACUGCACCCAUCGCAAGCACGACGACAAAGGCACCAGAAACCACGGCACAGUCCAGCACUCAGCGUCCGACACCGCCUCUACGCACCACCACCCCCAAGCCACACAAAACACAUUCGAGUAGACGGCCAACGCCCCCAAAGAAGCCGAUUGGGUCGACAACAACCACCGCUAGUGGCACGCAAGCCACAAGGAAACCAGUGGAGAGCCUGAGCAGCACCACCAGCACCGCGAAUGGAACCACAGUAACGACUGCACCAGGCCGCAGGCCUGUGAUUCAAACCACCAGCUCCAUUACCUCUACGACAACAACCACGAGCACAUCUUUCAAGGACGAGUUGCACGGCAAUCGGACAACAGCCACAAAGCUGCCAGAGCGCACCACUCAGGCGCCCAGGCCAAGGCCGAAACCAACUGGGGAGUACGUAAAGGUGCCCGUCAUGCUGGCGGAGCCAGACACCCCCAUGGCAACAGCAAGCACCAGCAGUACCGCCUCAAAAGCACCUUCAACAACAACCACUGUUACAACCACUGCCCCACCUAAAACGAAGCCUAGCAGCUCCUCUACAACAACAACAACAACAACAACGACCACAACAACUACGCCAAAGCCCACGCGUCGUCACACAACCAAAGCCCCAAUCACAACACCAAUCACCACUAAAGCAACAACAACAACGACAACAACAACCACCCCCAAAACAACGACAAGGACAACAGCAACAACAACAACUGCCACUAAACCUCCCACAACGACGGCAGCCACAGAGAGACCAUUGUUGAGCACGAGCACUCCCAAAACAGAAACAACAACGACCAAGAAGCCCGGCCUGAUCACCUGGACGGACGUGGAGGCUGAGCCACAGACGAACGCAAGCAUUUCCAACGACUGGCAGCCGGCACCACCCCCACCCAACCAGCAGACCGAGUUGCAGGCGCUGAACAAAACAUCGGCGAGCACAGCACCACCCACGGCCACCGACAAAGUGGUCAUCUCUGUGGCCACUAGUGUCAGCACCAGCGAGUCGAAGCCUGGUUCGGUAGAGACCCACAGUCCCACAGAAAAGCCUCACAGGACCACGAAACCACCGAAAGCCACAAGCACCGCCAGGCCAGCAACCACGACGACUGUCAAAACCACAGAGGGACCAGAGAGCAGCACCAGCAGCAGCAGCAGCAGCGUUCCUUUGGCCUCCUCAUCUACAUCAUCUUCCAUUGAGCUCAGCUCGGAGACGGGAUCAGGCAGCAGCACCACCGCAGAGCCAGCAACGACAGAAGUCGCAGCGGCUACCACUGAUUACAGCGGCGAGGAAGUGAGCCUGACGACGACCAUGGAGCCAGCAGCUGGGAGCACAACGCUAGCGCCUGCAAAUGCUUUGGAGGGCGUCGAUUACAAAGAAGUGUGUGGACGUCGCAUGUUCCCCGAACCGCGCAUUGUUGGUGGAGCCAACGCCGCCUUCGGACGCUGGCCCUGGCAGAUAUCGCUGCGCCAGUGGCGCACCUCCACCUACCUGCACAAGUGCGGAGCGGCUCUACUCAACGAGAACUGGGCAAUCACCGCCGCCCAUUGUGUGGACAAUGUGCCGCCCUCCGAUCUGCUGCUGCGCCUGGGCGAGUACGAUCUGGCCGAGGAAGAGGAGCCCUACGGCUACCAGGAGCGACGUGUGCAAAUCGUCGCCUCUCAUCCGCAGUUCGAUCCGCGGACCUUUGAGUACGAUCUGGCCCUGCUCAGGUUCUAUGAGCCGGUGGUCUUUCAACCCAACAUCAUUCCCGUUUGCGUGCCCGAAAACGACGAGAACUUCAUUGGCCAAACGGCCUUCGUCACCGGCUGGGGACGCCUCUACGAGGACGGACCACUGCCCAGCGUCCUGCAGGAGGUGGCCGUGCCGGUCAUCAACAACACCAUCUGCGAGUCCAUGUACCGCACCGCGGGCUACAUCGAGCACAUACCACACAUAUUCAUCUGUGCCGGCUGGAAGAAGGGCGGCUACGACUCCUGCGAAGGCGAUUCCGGUGGCCCCAUGGUGCUGCAGCGGGAGGCCGACAAGCGUUUCCAGCUCGGCGGCGUCAUCUCUUGGGGCAUCGGGUGCGCGGAGGCCAACCAGCCGGGCGUCUACACGCGCAUCUCCGAGUUCCGGGACUGGAUCAACCAGAUUCUGCAGUUCUAG